CCGCAAACCUUUCAGUGGAGUGUCAGCUAUCGAAUCCACGUCCUCUCUGCAGAUGCAUCCUACAGGACAAACAAUCUCUUCUCGUUUUGUUCAGUCUUUCUGUAACUGAGCAGAAGAAGCAUGCGAGGUACACCAUUUUUGCUGGCAUCAGCCUGCGAAGGAGAUCUCACUAUGGAGCUGGGAUCUCUGUGUUUCAAGCAGAUGACCCUGAUCGAUCUAGUUAACCUUCUUCUCCUCGCCGUCUACAUCCUGAGCUUGCUGAUCGCCGCUUGCACCAGGCAGUUCAGGCUCAGGGCAAGCGACCUUCCCUUGCCGUGCGCCCUAGCUUCUCCCUGCUGCGCGCUCCUUGGCAUUGCGUGCUUCUUCCUGGGAGCAUGGACGUCGACCCCCUCGCCCCACGGAACAGAGCUCUUCGUCAGAGGCUUGGUCUGGGUGCUCUUGUCGGUUUCCUUGGUCUUCCGUCCGACGAGACUCUCCGGGGCUCUGGCGAUGGCGUGGUGGGCGCUGGACGCGAUCCUGAUCACGGCUUACAGCUUGGAGAAAAUCGUGACGGGGCGAAAUCUGCGAGUCCUUGACGUGUUGUCAUGGGCUCUCAGCUUGCUGCUUCUCGUGAGCGCGAUCGGAGUUUGCAGAGCCCGUCAUGGUGCCACCGCCAGUGCAGGAGGUGGAGAAGAGUCCGAGCCUCUCCUUGCGACGGGAGGCAGGGAGAGGCGAACUUUCGGCGAUGCCGGAUUCUUCGGCCGUCUCACGUUUACGUGGAUGGACUCUCUGCUUCGCCUGGGGCACUCCAAACCGCUCGACCUCGGCGACAUCCCACCGCUGGACGCCGAUGACGAGGCGGCGGAGGCGUGCCGGACGUUCCUCGCCGAAUGGCACCGGCGGAGGGAGCCGUUGAAGAGCACAAGCAACCUCGUGCUUCUGGUGCUCGCGGAGUGCCACAAGAAGGAGCUCUUCUUGACGGCGCUGUACACACUUCUCCGCACUCUGUCAUUCGCCGCGUCUCCGGUGAUGCUGUACUGCUUCGUGUCCUACUCCGACAGGCCUGUGCGGGAUCUCGGCACCGGGCUCGCGCUCAUCGCCGGCCUGGUGGUAAUGAAGCUCGUGGAGUCGCUGUCGCAGAGGCACUGGUUCUUCGGGUCGAGGCGGCUUGGCAUGCGCAUGCGCUCGGCGCUCAUGGCCGCCGUCUUCGAGAAGCAGCUGCGACUGUCCAACGAGGGGCGGGGCCGCCACUCCGCCGGCGAGAUCACCAACUACAUCGCGGUUGACGCGUAUCGGCUAGGCGAGUUCCCGUUCUGGCUGCACCUAGGGUGGAGCAUGCCGGUGCAGCUCGCCCUCGCUAUCGCGAUCCUCUUCUGGACCGUCGGCGCCGGCGCGCUCCCGGGGCUGGCACCCGUCGCCGUUUGCGGCGUUCUCAACGUCCCCUUCGCCAAGGUGCUGCAGCGGUACCAGUCGAAAUUCAUGCAGGCGCAGGACGAGCGGCAGCGCGCCACGGCGGAGAUGCUCAACAGCAUGAAGGUCGUGAAGCUGCAGUCAUGGGAGGAACAGUUCAGGGCGACGGUGCAGCGGCUGCGCGACGUCGAGGUGCGUUGGCUCGCCGAGACGCAGACCAAGAAGGCCUACGGCAGCGCCCUGUACUGGGUGUCGCCGACCGUCAUCUCCGCCGUGAUCUUGGCGGGCACGGCCGCGUUCCAGAGCGCGCCCUUGGACGCUGGUGUUGUGUUCACCAUACUCGCCACCAUGCGCGUCGUGUCGGAGCCGAUGAGGAUGCUGCCGGAGGUGCUUUCCGUCAUGAUCCAGGUCAAGGUGUCGCUGGACCGCAUCGGGAAGUUCCUAGCCGAGGACGAGUUCCGGGAGGACGCGGUCGACAGGACUGGCAUGCCGGCCUCCGAUACGAGCCUAGCCGUGCACAAGGGUAUCUUCAGCUGGGAGCCUAGCAAGGGCAGUGCAACUCUGAGAGACAUAAACAUCACCGCAAUGCGCGGUCAGAAGAUCGCAGUCUGUGGCCCAGUCGGCGCCGGCAAAUCAUCGUUGCUGUGUGCAACGCUUGGUGAGAUACCAAGAAUGUCUGGAUCAGUGGCCGUGUCUGGCUCAGUCGCCUACGUUUCGCAGACGUCGUGGAUCCAGAGCGGCACGGUGCGCGACAACAUCCUCUUCGGGAAGCCGAUGAACGGUCAGGACUACGGGAGGGCCGUCAAGUGCUGCGCGUUGGACAAGGACAUGGACAGCUUCCCGCACGGCGACCUGACGGAGAUCGGGCAGAGAGGCCUCAACAUGAGCGGGGGGCAGAAGCAAAGGAUUCAGCUCGCAAGGGCUGUCUACAACGACGCAGAUGUCUACCUCCUCGACGAUCCUUUCAGCGCCGUCGACGCGCAUACCGCUGCAACCCUUUUCAAUGAUUGUGUCAUGGAAGCCCUUGAAGAUAAGACGGUCAUACUUGUGACACACCAAGUUGAGUUCCUCUCCAAGGUUGACAGGAUUUUGGUUAUGGAAAGGGGGAAGAUAACUCAGGAGGGAAAUUAUGAGGAGCUUCUGCAGUCGGGCACGGCCUUCGAACAGCUUGUCAAUGCUCACAAGGACUCAAAGACAACACUGGACUCCCAGGAUCAAGGCGAUGCAGUGAAAGAAUCAGGCAUGAUUCAAUACCAACUAACAAUGAUUCAGCAGGCCAGCGAGGCGGAAAUCUCCACCGGUAACCUGCCGUCGAUUCAGCUGACUGAAGAGGAGAAGAGGGAGCUGGGAGAAGCUGGACUGAAACCGUACAAGGACUACGUGUCGGUGUCCAAAGCCCGGUUCCUCCUCGUCCUGUUAAUCCUUGCACAGUGCGUGUUCGUCGUCCUCCAAUGCCUUGCAACUUACUGGCUCGCAUUGACAGUUCAGAAUCAUCGGUUCAGCGUCGCGAUCGUCGUAGGAGUCUAUGCGGUGAUGGCAACCGUCAGCUGCAUCUUUGCUUAUGUGAGGAGUCUUCUUGCUGCCCACUUCGGCCUAAAGGCGUCAAGGGAGUUCUUUUCCGGUUUCAUGGAUUCGGUUUUUAAGGCCCCCAUGCUGUUCUUCGAUUCUACCCCAACAGGAAGGAUCAUGACCAGGGCUUCGUCAGACUUUUGCAUCUUAGAUUUCGACAUCCCGUUUACGAUGAGCUUUGUGAUCUCUGGCACGAUUGAAGUAGCAGGAACCUUAGUCAUAAUGGUCAUGGUUACAUGGCAAGUUGUGAUGGUUGCUAUUCCUGCGUUGAUUGGGGUGCUGUGCAUUCAGAGAUACUACAUUGCCUCGGCUAGGGAGUUGGUGAGGAUCAACGGCACCACAAAGGCUCCUGUCAUGAACUAUGCAGCUGAGUCGAUGCUUGGAGUGAUCACCAUAAGGGCCUUUGCCGCUACAAAUAGGCUCAUUAAGACAAAUCUUCAACUCAUCGACACGGAUGCAACACUCUUCUUCUACACAAAUGCAGCACUAGAGUGGGUACUUCUGCGUGUCGAGGCUCUGCAGAUCUUGGUCAUUGUUACAUCGUCCAUUCUUCUCGUCAUUCUACCGGAGGGAGCAGUUGCUCCAGGUUUUCUUGGGCUAUGCCUCUCAUACGCAUUGACGCUUUCUUCCGCGCAAGUGUUCUUGACACGAUUCUACUCAAAUCUGGAAAAUUCUAUCAUAUCAGUGGAGAGAAUCAAACAGUACAUGAAUCUACCAUCUGAGCCUCCCGCAGUUAUCAGUGACAAAAGGCCUCACCCUUCGUGGCCAUCUGAAGGAAAGAUAGAGUUGGAAAAUUUGAGAGUCAAGUACCGUCAAAACGCACCUAUGGUUUUGCGUGGGAUCACGUGCACAUUUGCAGCUGGGCACAAGGUUGGAGUUGUUGGAAGAACCGGGAGCGGGAAGACCACUCUUCUUAGCGCAUUGUUCCGCCUCAUCGACCCAUCCAGUGGGCGAAUUCUUAUCGACGAUGUUGACAUCUGCACAAUAGGACUGAAGGAUCUUAGGAUGAAACUCAGCAUCAUUCCUCAGGAGCCAACCCUUUUCAGAGGCAGUGUUAGGAGCAACGUUGAUCCUCUGGGUCUGUACACAGACCAGGAUAUCUGGGAGGCAUUGGAUAAGUGCCAGUUGAAAAAGACAAUCAGUGUCCUUCCUGGGCUACUUGAAUCACCAGUCAGCGAUGAUGGCGAGAACUGGAGCGCUGGCCAACGGCAGCUCUUCUGCCUCGCACGCGUUCUCCUCCGCAGAAACAGGAUCCUGGUCCUCGAUGAGGCGACGGCGUCCAUUGACUCAGCCACCGACGCCAUCCUGCAGAGGGUCAUCAAACAUGAGUUUUCAGGGUGCACGGUGAUCACCAUAGCGCACAGGGUUCCUACUGUCACAGACAGUGACAUGGUCAUGGUUCUUUCCUACGGCAAACUUGUAGAGUACGACAGGCCAUCAAGGCUGAUGGAAAAUGAGGACUCCGCCUUCUGUAAGCUCGUCGCCGAGUACUGGUCCAACUACAAGUGAAGCUCCAAAGCAACAUGGUGAAUUGUUGGGCCAUCCAAAUAGCAACAGGGCGGCAAGUUUGUCAGCUGUAGGGUUCAACUCUUUACUUUGAAAUACAUGAUGGAAAUGUAUAAUUGAUCUGAAAUGUAGAUUCGAAAAAAGAAAUUGUAUUUUCUGUUACACUGAUUUUUCCCCAAUAAGGAACACUUUAUUGAACUUUUUUCAAGGAUACGUCA